GGGAGACGAGUGCUGUUCCCCAAAAAGCUAGGCUGCCAUCUCCGAGCCCUCGGGGCGCCUUCUCGCCAUGGCGUCCGGCGAAUCCCAGAAACAUCUCCUCUCGCUGAUCCGCAAUUUCGCCUCGGAGAAAUCCCAAGAAGAGCUUAGGGUGUCCGAUCGUAAGAAGCGGCUCCUCGAACUUCAGAACGAUCUCAAUGUUGCAAAUGCCGACCUCGAUGGGGCCAAGCGGUCCAGGGAGAUGGUCGAGCAGGAGCUGAGGGGAUCGCAGGUUCAGCUUUCUAUGAUUGGUGCAUCAAUCCAUGCGCAAGAGGCGAGGAUUUCUCUGCUGCAGGAGGAGAUAUUGAAGCUCCGUUCUGAUCUGGAUACACUCAAGGUGAGAAUCGCUCGCAUGCUCUCAAAUGUUGUUAGAUUUUCUUUCAUUAUUGUCAUUCUUUGUUUUCGAACUUUGACCUUGUUAUUUGAUCUUCUUAAUCGAACUGGCAUCGGUGAACAGAGUGAAGUGGGUUUCAUGCGAGACGAAUUUGUUAAUAGUAUGUGCGAGCUGAACAAGAAAAUAAGGCAAUUUCAAGAGAUUACUGUCAAUGCUUUCCAGAAAGAGCAACCUGGACAACUUUGUUCAGAUAAUGGCAAGUGAUUUUUAGUUGACUAUGCAGCUUAUACAUUCUGAAUAGACAUGGUUAAGUGAUGUGCUGAUCUGCUUUGUAUCUUUGGUUAACUGGGAAGAUGAUCUGUAGAUUUUAUUUGUAAACAGUCCAGGUUUAAGUUUCCAUCGUAUACUUAGCAUGUCAUGUAGCAACUUAUGUGUUCAAGAUCAAUACCGAAAAGUUACAGAAUUCAGAAUUCAUUUGUGAUUUGAUUCAUCUGAUAUAUUCUGGUCUUUCUUCACAAGGAAAACAACCUGUAAACUUAUAACUAGAUCUGAACCCUUCAUCUGGUAAAAUUCUUCCAGAUCUUUUUAUAAAUUUUCUUCUGGAUCUUUGUUUACUAAAGUUUCAUGAAAGAUACAAUUUCUGAAGUCCUUCAGAUGCAUAUGAUUAAUUUUGACUAUUAAAACAUCUUGAAAAUUCCUAAACUAAACUAUUUUUGUUUUUUCACUGAACAUAUAAUUAUCAAAGGUGCAUAAUAAGCCAUGCAUGCAUUCGCAAUGAGGCCAAAUAAAGUAAACUUAUCCAGAACAAAUAGGUUUAUUAUAGAGCUUAUGUUUGUCUAUUUGCCUGAAAAAAAAUUGAAAAUGGCAAUGUAAUUGACUUGAAUGAAAAUUCAUUAUUACCUCAUCAUUUGUUUGGGCCAACCUAUGCAUUUGGCUGGGUAGUUACCCUGCAGAGUGAUGCUCCCAACACAUGUUUAAAGUAAGGAUAUAACACAAUGUUACAUUAUGUUGCCAAUGUCUUAAAAUGAACAUGAAUAAAUACAACUAGCUGCUUUUAUCUCAUCUAUAUGGGAACAACUUUGUUGAUAAAGCAUAAUUAUCAAGUCCAUAUAAAAUUGAAAUUUAGAGCUUGUAAGUCUUGUACCAAUGCAGAAAAUUUAUCAGUAGAGUCUACUUUGAUGUUUGGGCACUGACUAACCAGAAAUAUUUAGCUUAUUAUUUAUUUAUCUAAAGCUUGGUAGUACCUGCUGCCAAGGUUUGCCAACUAAACUGGGUUCGCCAGUAUACUUUCUGUGAUCAAACUCAUGAUCAAACAACAGAACUACCAGUACUAUUAAUCUGGUAUAUAUAUUUGUAAACAUUCAAACAGGCAAAACAGACUCUAAAACACAAAAUUACUUGAUAUGCAAGGCUUUCUAAAAGGUCUUGAAGAUAACAUUACAUGCCUCAGCACUCAGAUGCAUGAGUUGGAAGCAGAGUACGAAAAAGAAAGACAUAAUCGUGAUAAGGUUUGUGAACAGCUUGCCCAUGUUGAAAGGAGAUGGUUUCUUGUGACGGCCAUCAUGGAAGAAACGAAGCAGCUGCAGGAACUAGCUGAAUAUCCUUCUUGGUUUGGUUUUAUGAUUAUGUUAACAUGCACAGCAAGCGUAUGCAGCAUGUUCUAUAUACAACAUGCAGUAGUGCCUAUCAACCUGAUGAUAACUCAACCAUAGGAAGAGGGAGAGGCCGCUACAUAUUUCAGAAUGUUUCCCUAACUAUAAAAAGCAGACAUCUGAGUUGGAGAAGGUAUAUGCUUCUCUUGGGGAGGACUUGCAGAAGAGAUGCACAUGUCCAGGCUGUGGAUCAAACAACAUUGAAGACGGAGGGAACUGAAGCCACCUGAGGUAUGUCUUAUCCAGUAUCUGCAAUUCUAGAUACAAGACAUAGGUAGACCAUGAAGCCAUUGGCAAAUAUUGCGGCUUGCACAGCACAUCUUUGAAUGAUCAUGUCCGGUUUCUUAUAAAAAUAGAAACGAUGCUACCUUAAACGGAUGCAAUUUAACUU